UGGGCUUCUCAGUGACGCCAAGAGGGGCAGGAAACGCGGCACGCUGACCGCGCCCCCACCCUCCGCUGGGAGCCCCUGGUUGGGUCCCCCGCAAUCUGCCCUCUGCAGCCCGCUCCCCUUCGGGGAAGCGAGCCCAGCCGAGAGCCGGCUGCCCAGCCCCUGACCAAGAUUUAAAACGGGCAAGUUUUGUUCCGGAGACCCCCAUGACUUUAGCUUCGCUGCCGGGAGGAGAGCCGACCUGCGAUUUGGGAGUUUGAGGAGCUGGGCUUGAACUUGGUCCAGAUUCAAGGUUGCACCGGAACAUUUUCUUACUCUGUUAGGGGAUCUACACUGGAAACAUCUCUGAAGCCCUCUCAGCAUCCCGUCUGUGGCCUACUACACAGAGGGGAAGUCAUCAGCUAAGAGGAGGAGGACAGGCCUUGGGAGAGGGGGAAUGAUGUAGCAUGGCCGGUGAAGAGCCUGGGAGAGGGAGAAGGUCCAGGACAAGUGGAGGACGGCCACACAGCCUUGAGUACUCUGCCCACAGCUGAGUAUCGCCACUUGCGGUGAUGCUGUCUGCCUGGUCUUCCCCUCAUCACAUCAACACUAUCAGGGAGAAUUGGUUAUGACUGACGUAAACAGUGGCUCCAACAAUUCAAGCAGCUGCGGGUGGAGAAACCGUGUCUUAGAACUUCACACGCUGUGCUGAGCCUAAAGAAGUAGCGUGGGUUGUUGGCUUUGUGACAAGUUCUUUUUCAUUUUUAAGAAAACAGUUGUGACUCUUAGAGGCCAAUUGGGAACAACUGAAGAAAUGUAGGAAAAUGAGGUUGAGAAGAGAAAAGUGUCUCUGUAUUCUGAAUGAGAAGAUGGUAGAGAGUGGUUCUUUCCCUUUCCCUGGAUUCCCCUGAAAAAAUAAACAGCUGUAUGCCUCCACGCAACACCAGCUGCCCCAUCACCUUUUGUCCAGAUCAGUCAGGUUGCACUUAACUUUCACAAAAAGGAGUACACAGAAUAGCUGCGUAAGGCCAAUCCCGAACUUAAUGAAGGAUGUCAGAGUGGGAGCAUUCUGAUGUGCCAGUGUCCUCAUUCUGCAGUGUGUUCUGUUUUCUCCCCUUUCCGAAAAAAAUGGUAUUAAAAUAUUUUGUGAAAUAAGAAGCUCCUUUUACAUUUUUAAUGACCAACAUGGACAUCUGUUCUACAGAAUACAAAGUCCUAUGGUCUUGAAGAAGGAAGCACCCAUUUAAAACUGACCCUAAAUAAAAACAGACCUGAAUGGACGUCAGAAUGUUUGUUAGUGGCAGGAGAGUAAAAAAAUGGCAAUUUAUUCAGUUAUUUGCCACUUGUUUUGUACUAAGCCUCAUGUUCUUCUGGAUAUCGAUCGAUAACCACAUCGUGAGCCAUAUGAAGUCCUACUCUUACAGAUACCUCAUAAAUAGCUACGACUUUGUGAAUGAUAGCCUGUCUCUUAAGCACAGCGAGGAUGGGGCUCCUCGCUUCCAGUACUUGAUAAACCAUGAAGAGAAGUGUCAAACCCAAGACGUCCUGCUCUUACUGUUUGUAAAGACUGCUCCCGAAAACUACAAUCGCCGUUCUGCCAUUAGGAAAACAUGGGGCAAUGAGAAGUAUGUUCGCUCUCAACUUAACACCAACAUUAAAACUCUGUUUGUCUUAGGAACACCUUCUGACCCACUGACAAGAGAAAGACUUCAGAGAAGACUGGUUUGGGAAGAUCAGAUGUACAAUGAUAUAAUUCAGCAAGCCUUUGCUGAUUCUUUCUAUAAUCUUACUCUUAAAUUUCUUCUGCAGUUCAGGUGGGCAAAUAGCUUUUGUCCACAUGCCAAAUUCCUUAUGACUGCUGAUGAUGACAUAUUUAUUCACAUGCCAAAUCUUAUUGAAUACCUUCAAAGUUUAGAACGAAUUGGUGUUCAAGACUUUUGGAUUGGUCGUGUUCAUCGUGGUGCCCCUCCCGUCAGAGACAAAAGCAGCAAAUACUAUGUCUCCUAUGAAAUGUACCAGUGGCCGGCUUACCCUGACUAUACUGCAGGAGCUGCCUACGUGAUCUCUGGUGAUGUAGCCGCCAAAGUCUAUGAGGCAUCACAGACACUUAACUCUAGUCUUUACAUAGACGAUGUGUUCAUGGGCCUCUGUGCCAAUAAAAUAGGGAUAGUACCACAAAACCAUGUGUUUUUCUCUGGGGAAGGUAAAACUCCGUAUCAUCCCUGCAUCUAUGAAAAAAUGAUGACAUCUCAUGGGCAUGUAGAAGACCUUCAGGACCUUUGGAAGGAUGCCACAGACCCCAGAGUAAAAAUGAUUUCAAAAGGUUUCUUUGGUCAAAUAUACUGCAGAAUAAUUAAGAUAGUCCUCCUUUGCAAACUGACCUAUGUGGAUACGUAUCCGUGUAGGGCUGCCUUUGCCUAAUAGUACUUGAAUGUUGUAUGUUUUCACUGUCACUGAGCCAGACGUGGAUGAAAAAACCUUUAAAUGUUUGUCUAUACCAUAAGUGAAGUGAAUAUGAAGAACAAAGAAAUAUUUUGAAAGCCCCGUCUAUCAGAAUGUUUCUUUGAUUCUAGAAGCCCUUCAAUAUAACUUAUCUACUUGCCUAAAUUCAUAUCAAGGAAUUUAUAUUUAGACAAGGUUUAUGAAAACAAAACUAAAGGGAAUUUCAAGUUCACAGUACCACGUGUAUAUUAGAGGUGUAGAGAAGUUAUUAAGGUGCCUAGGUGUUAGAAUAACUGCUUUUGGAAAAUACCAAGUAAGUGUAUAGUACAACAUUUCAAAGAAAUGGGUAUAUUGUUAGACCAGGUAUACAAGUUUAUUUUGAUUAAAGAGCACUUGAUGGAGUUGGUGGAGGCAGGAGAGGAUUAGCAUAGAAGAAAGUACAUGAAUCUGGUAAAAGAAAGUUUCCUCUUCUUCAGAGGAGAUUUAGGAAAAUGUACACAAUUUCUUUAUAAACUGCCAAAUCACUUACUGUCACAUCCAUGUAGCUAUUUUACCUGGAUAGUGUUGGAGUCACUUUAAAUAUAUUCAUAUCUUUUUUUCAAAGUUUAAUGUGAAAUUUGAGAAGUCAUUAGUUCUGCCCUAACUAGUACUUUAUUAUAGUUCUUUUUGAUUAUUAGAAAAUGACACAAAACAUGGAUAGUGUCUUAUUCAUGGGGUCCUUCUCUAGAGAGAAAUCAUUGUUAAUUCAAAUAAGCUGAUUUUAAUUUAAAGAAUUUUUCAACUGGUUUUUAAAUAUUCAAUAUGGGUCUGUUUUUAAGGCAGCUAUUUGAAUGUAGUUUGCAUAGAGGAAUAUAAUAAUGAGGAAGAAUUCAAAAGGAAAGAUAGAACAUUAAAAGCCUCUUUUCUCCAUAAUCUAUAAAAUAAAAAUGAUUACUAAAAUUAGCCCACCCCUCUCCAACAGGGUCUCAUAAACCACAGUACUUUGUUCUGAGUUCAGCUUUUAAAAUUGAGAGUAUUAAACAUCAAAUCAAAGCUGUAGUAUUUUUUAAAAAUCUACUCUUUAAUCACAACAACUGUCAGAGGUUAUCUUCAACUUAUAAAUAUUUCCAACUUCAAAGUAGAAUGAAAGUGAUACAAAAGUCACCAGAAUGAGAUUUAAAGCAUUUGUAAAGCUGUAUGUUUCUUGUAAUCAAAGAUAUGUGGCUGAGAUCCAAUAGCGCGCUACAUUUAUUUUACAGAGCAGGAUAAAAAUGUGGCUAUGAUGCAAACAACCUCCCUCACUACAGAAAGAACUAGGUGAUGUCUGUUGUUAGGGGGAUUAUAUGAAAGCCAAAAUAGUGACUUCAGCAAAAGCAGUUGAACUGAUUAUAAACCCUUUGUCUGCAGAGGCUCCUGUUAGGGAAAACUAAGAUGUAUCACUUAAUAAGGUGUCUGAAACAUGCAAAAAAACUAAAAAAGAAUUCUCAGUAUACACAACUGGAUGAUGAUAUGUAUAAUUUGUUGCAGGUAGCUUCUCAAUGUUUACAGAAAUUUUUUGUUAAUUUUUUUCUAUUUUGAAAA